AAUAUCUAAAUACAUAUAUGUCAUACCGGUCCCAUUGCAUACGUAGUCGUAUAGCAGGCAAAUUCACACACAUUUGCGAGCAUAGGCUCGAAGAAAACCUAAGAUAAUAAAUUGUCGGUCUGCUAAGCGUUUAUGUCGCGGACCUACACCGUCGCGUAUGGCGUACAUGUGCGGUUUAGACGGCGUAUAAUACGCGCGUGCUUUCAUCUUUUUCCCCUUUCAUCCCGCCACCCACUUUUCGUAUUCGCGCGAGAGAAGUGAACAGAGCGAAGGCUGACUGUGACGAAAAACGAAAGGUGCCACAGGAAUAUUUUUUUCCAAAAAGGUCAAAUGGUAACAAGCGCGUAAGGGAUGCCCGGUUGUUUUACUACAUUUUUCACGUAGAGCGGGCUUUAUCGUGUUCUUUUAGCCUCUAGAAUCCGAAACGAGUUUGACCGCUCAAAAUACUCACGUGCAAAUACCAAAAGAGUCGUUUUUUUUUGUUAUUUAUAUCGUAGAUUAUUAUUAUCACACACACCUAAACACGCAUUUCGCUGGUUCGAGCGUGUAUAUAUAGUUAAUAAUUCGCGAAAGUUCAAAGUUAGCUUUAACCUCUUAUUUGGUAAUGGCGCUGAACCUUUCAUACGAGGCCAUUGGCAAAGGUUUCGUCCAGCAAUAUUAUGCUAUGUUUGAUGAUCCCACCCAGCGACCGAACCUAAUUAAUAUGUAUAAUACGGAAUCGUCUUUCAUGACGUUCGAAGGAUUACAAAUUCAAGGUUCUAUCAAAAUUAUGGAAAAACUUACAAGCCUAACUUUUCAAAAAAUCAAUCGGAUAAUAACAGCUAUUGAUUCGCAGCCUAUGUUUGAUGGUGGUGUUCUUAUCAAUGUACUAGGAAGGCUGCAGGCAGAUGAUGAUCCACCACACGCCUUUUCGCAGAUAUUUGUGUUGAAACCGUUAGCCAAUUCGUUCUUUUGUCAACACGAUAUCUUUCGCCUAGGUAUCCAUGAUACUAUAUAAAUGAAUGAUUUUACUGACUCUAAGAGAUCAGUUGAUAAUAACAAGAAAUAACGGCUGAAAUAAAUUGAGGAUAAGCGAACUACUUUUACAUCAUAAAGAAAACAUUUUUUUCAUCAUAACGUUACACAAUGUUUGCCUCUCUUUAGGUAUCACUGUUUUUAUACAAAGCUGCUUACGUGUCGGCGAAAAGAGGAUUUAAGAAUAAAUAAGUUUGAUAUUAAUGAAGCCUCAUUUCUUUAUAUUUUAUAUAACUUUAUUUAAAAGGUUUUUUUUAGAAAGUUACAUCACAUAUAAUGGACUUGUUAUGGUAGAUAAAACUAUUGAUACACUAAGACAAUAAAUUAUUAUACAUAGUUAUGAAA